CCAGCGAUAGCGAUAGAUACCCAGGGUCAGGGUCAGGGUUAGGGUGAAGGUCAGGAUGAGGGAUAUUUUUGCGCACUGCGCACUGCGAAACUAGGGAUGUUUGUGUGUGUGGAAUAGGAAUGGAUAUUUGGGUUCGGGCAACAUUAGCGUUUUUCUGCAUCUCUUGUGGAGUCUUUCGUUUUUUUUCUUUCAUCUCCUUUUUUCUUGCUCACCCAGUAUUUCAACUCAACUGAGAAACUUUUUUUUUUGGUCACCCUUUUUCUUCUAGAUUGAGUGGCCUACUUCAUGUCGUUUUUCCCACCCUUCUUCUCUCUUACUGGUUUAUCGUCGCGGUCGAGUGGGUAUGUAUGUGUAAAGCGCAGAUAUGGAUCACAGUUUUCCCAUUCAGAACCAGAACCAGAACCAAAGAACCAGAUUCAGAGUCAGAAUCAGAAGCAGAACCAAAUAACCACGACCCAAUCCGAAUCCAAUCCAAUUCAAGGCAUCUCAACCGCAACCACCAUCCGAAUCCAAAUCCACAACCCAAAUCACAUCCACACCCACAACCACAACUCCCCAUCCUCUCCUCUGCACUGCCUGACCCAGCACAAUGUCGACCAAACUCUCUCCCCUCGACAUACUCCCCCCCGUCUCCCCCCGUUCCUCUCAACUUUCUACACCACCAUCACUACUAUCAUCAUCAAGACUAUCUCUUUCUUUCUAUCUUCAAACCGACCGCACAACAUAACAAUGUGCAUCCUCCUCCUCUUCGCGCGCGGCCCCGCGCGUCCCACCCCCCGCCUCCACACCCUCAAGCGGCGUCUCUUCCCCCACUCCCUCUCCCGCGACAUCAGCACGCCCAAGCAACUCACCAUGCAGCGGCUGUUUAAGCGGGAGCUUCUUGUUGUUAAGUUUCUGGCACUCUGUGCGCGGACGAUGAGCAGCAGGGAGAAGGGAAGGGGGGUGGCAGAAGAAGAAGAUGAAGAGGACGAUGAGGAAGGGGGGGUAGAUCUAGCGACGUGGGUUGAUGUGUGGGAUGGGAGGGGGGAGGGGAAGGUGGAUGCUAGGGAGGAGGCGGAGUGGAUUAGGGGGUUUGUUUCGUUUGCGGAUUGAUAUAUGGUCUUCUGUGUUGUUCUGUGAAUAUGAGCAUGAAAAAGGGGGGAUGUGCGGAUACAUGGGACGAGACCAAACAAAGCCAGGUCCCGUGUGCGAAAGAUUCGAAUUUGCAGUGGGUCUCGA